UCUAUCCAGGAAAAGAUCCUUGGCAAAUUUAAAGCUGGAUUACGAUAAAUAUAACCCACCUUUGAUAUGUUACAAGGUUCCCUGUUUUGGUACCUGGGACGUAUAUAGAUUUUUAAAAUUUUGUGCAAAUGACCCAUGGUCGAAACGAGGAAGAAUACCAUCUUCAGUCUUGUUAUUGAGCGAAGUGAGCGAUUCUGAGGGCCAAGCCCACAGGCUACUGAAGAAGUAGAAGGGAACAUUAGAACUUCGAAACGAAUAAGCCUGUUUUUUAUUCAAAUUUCAAAAAAUUACAAUGUUCGUUACGUUUAACAGUACCUAUCUAAUUACUGUUCAACACAACAUGUACGAAAGACACAUAACGGAAAACUAACUACAACUACGCUACAAACUAUGAAAAACUAUUGAAUAAUAUAACAAGGAUUCUGUUCCACAUCAGAUCUCAGGUCAGGGUUUCGAUGAUUUGGAUACAUCGACAUGAUCAAAGCUGCGUUGGCAAAGCUCAAGGACAGAAAGGGAACUUCAAGACAAGCGAGUUAAAAGUACAUCAAAGAACACUACAAAGUUGGUGCCAAUGCAGAUACCCAGUUGAAAUUGACGCUCAAACAUGGUGUUAUCGCUGGUGUUAUCAUGCACUCAAAAUGCACUGGGGCAUCAGGUUCAUUCAGACUCGUGAAGAAGGAAGCACCAGCAAAACCAAAGAAGGCACCAGUUGCGAAGAAAUCACCAAAGAGGCCAAAGGCAAAUAACACCCCGAAAAAGGCGGCUAAAUCGCCAAAGAAGGCAAAGGUUGUAAAGAAGACUGCAAAGAAGCCAGCAGCAAAGAGACCAGCAGCGAAGAAACCAGCAGCGAAGAAAUUACCCGCCAAGAAGGCAGCAUCGAAAGCAUAGUUUCAAUGAUUAUCAAAUAAAUGUUGUAAAUAGUCACAAGCAUUUAGGAUUAAUUUUGGACGAGAAACUUAAGUUCUCUGAGCAUGUUAGGGCGGCAAUUGUAAAAGCAAAGAUUGGAAGAGGAAUCAUCCGUUUUCUUUCUAAAUACGCUUCACGGGAGACACUUGAUCAAAUGUGCAAACUAUUUGUAAGACCACAUUAGGAUCGUGGGGACGUAAUCUAUCAUAACCAAAAUAUGUCUCUUUCUCGUGAACUUGAAUCCAUACAAUAUGAGGCAGCUUUGGCAGCUAGUGGAGCAUGGCAGGGUACCAACACGGACAGACUUCUUGAGGAACUUGGCUGGGCAAGGCUCGGUAACAGGAGGCGGUACCGCAGACUUUGUCUCUUUUAUAAAAUUUGUGAAUAACCAGACUCCUGAAUAUUUACGUGAGUAUGUCCCUGAUGAGAACAGGAAUCAUUAUCAACUCCGCCAUACAAAUGUUUUUAGAUACGAAAAUUCAUCCUCACAAAGGUAUUCGAAGAUUUUCUUUUCCUAUUGUGUGAACAUAUGGAACAAACUCGA